AUGGACCGUGCUCAAUCGGAUCUCUCCUUAGGAUUCGGCAGCUCCCACGCGUUACCGCUACCUCCUCCGAGAAUCCAGAUUGCUGACGACUCCAUCUCGCUUCAGAUUGACUCUAGCUACCGCGCAUCCUCUAAUCCAAUACCUCCCGUUCCGCUUCAGCUGCUAGAGCAGAGAUUCGACGACACCGGAUCGCGUACCCGUGCCAUCGAGGAAGACAAUGACGUCGAAGAUGAUGGCGAUGAUAACGAUGACGAUCAAAGAGAAGAGGAGCAGCAAUUCAUCCUCUUAGGUCAUCCAAUGAAGUUAAAACGCUGUAGAGGUAGCAAUUCAAUGUCAUCACCACCAAUCCCUAGCAAGAGAUUCGCAGUAGAUUCAGGGAUAGAGAGUAGACGAGCCUCCGUUAAAGCGUGGGGUGACCAAUCGCUCGAAGAAGCCGAUCCUGAGAUUCACGAGUUCAUGGAAAAGGAGAAACAGAGACAGUUUAGAGGCAUUGAGCUCAUAGCUUCUGAGAAUUUCGUUUGCAGAGCGGUGAUGGAAGCUUUGGGAAGCCAUUUGACUAACAAGUACUCAGAAGGAAUGCCUGGAGCAAGAUACUACACAGGGAAUCAGUAUAUUGAUCAGAUUGAGAUUCUUUGCCAAGAACGUGCACUCGCAGCGUUUGGACUUCAUCACGAGAAAUGGGGAGUGAAUGUGCAGCCUUACUCUUGCACUUCCGCUAAUUUUGCUGUUUUCAGUGGUCUUUUGAUGCCUGGUGAUAGGAUUAUGGGAUUGGAUUCUCCUUCAGGUGGACAUAUGAGUCACGGGUACUACACACCAGGUGGGAAGAAAGUCUCUGGUGCGUCUAUAUUCUUUGAGAGCUUUCCGUAUAAGGUUGAUCCUCGUACAGGGUAUAUUGAUUACGAUAAGCUUGAGGAGAAGGCGCUUGAUUAUCGUCCCAAGAUACUUAUUUGCGGAGGGAGUUCAUAUCCGAGAGACUGGGAGUUCCCUAGGUUUAGGCAUGUUGCUGACAAGUGUGGAGCUGUUCUCAUGUUUGACAUGGCACAAAUUAGCGGUCUUGUGGCUGCUAAGGAAUCUCCAAAUCCAUUUGAUUAUUGCGAUAUUGUUACCUCAACGACGCAUAAGUCUCUACGUGGACCUAGGGGCGGUAUCAUAUUUUACAGGAGAGGGUUGAAGAUCAAGAAGCAGAGCAUAAAUCUGAAUCACUGUGAGAACAAUAGCGAAUAUGAUUUCGAAGAAAAAAUCAACUUUGCUGUCUUCCCGUCGCUGCAAGGAGGACCUCACAAUAACCAUAUAGCUGCUUUAGCUAUUGCCCUCAAGCAGGCCGCUUCACCAGAGUAUAAGGUUUACAUGCGACAGGUCAAGAAAAAUGCGAAGGCUUUAGCGUCUGCUUUGACGAGCAGAAAGUGCAAGUUGGUAACAGGUGGCACCGAUAAUCAUUUGCUUCUUUGGGAUCUGGCUCCUUUGGGCUUGACAGGCAAGGUAUAUGAGAAAGUAUGUGAGAUGUGCCACAUCACUGUCAACAAAGUCGCCAUUUUCGCUGAAAACGGUGUUAUUUCCCCUGGAGGAGUAAGAAUAGGAAGUCCGGCUAUGACCUCAAGAGGUUGUUUAGAAUCAGAUUUCGAGACGAUGGCUGAGUUUCUGUAUAGAGCUGCUCAGAUAGCAAGUGCUGCACAAAGCGAACGCGGGAAGUUGCAAAAGGAGCCACUCAAAAGCAUCUACCACUGUAAAGACAUUGCAGAUCUUCGGAACCAAGUCGAGGCCUUUGCUUCUCAGUUUGCAAUGCCUGCGUUUGACAUUUGA